UCGCAAGCUCUCCUAAAUCGGAAGCUCCUCGCCAACGGCUUUAAAUUUGACAGUGUCUUUCCAGCUGUGAAACCUGCCCCAACACGACGACUGUCUCCUCGACGGCACAUCCGAAUCCCCAACAUGUCCCACAGCAAAAGGAACACCAGCAGGGCCGUCUUCACGUCGUACGAGCGGUCGCAGGCAAAGGCCGCCUGGGGCGCCUCGUCGGCCCGCCUGUCGCGCGAGUCCUUCCUGCCCUUCGCCUCGUGCUCGCUCUGCCUCGAGGCCGCCGUCGAGCCCGUGGCCUGCCCGCGCGGCGACAUCUUCUGCCGCGAGUGCGCCCUGAGCAACAUUCUGGCGCAGAAGAAGGAGAUCAGGCGCGCCGCCCGCGCCCGCGCUGACGCCGAGCGGGACGAGGCCCGCGCCCGCGACCUGGGCGAGCAGGAGGCUCACGACCGCGCCGUCCGCGAGUUCGAGCUCGUCCAGGCCGGCUUCGACGUCUCGGCGCCGCCGCCGCCAACAAAUCACGGCAAGGAGGGGGACGGCAAGUCGGCUGCCGCUGCUGCAGCAGAGGCGGCGGCGGCGCAGGCACCACCGCCCAAGAUGUUGCUGCUGACGGACGGCGGCGGCGCGGAUAGCAGUGGCGGGAGCGCCGCCGCCGCCGCCGCCGCCUCCUCCUCCUCCUCCUCCUCCUCCAAGAAGCGCGCGUUCGAGCUGGACGAGGAGGAGGUGGCGCGCAUCGCGGCCGAGGACCGGGCCAAGGCGCGGCGGACCAUCGACAGCGAAAAGGCGGCCAAACCCACGCUGCCCUCGUUCUGGGCCCCCACCGUGACGCCGACGUCGAACCAGCACAACGUGCUGCACGAGGUCAAGAAGCCCGUCAAGCGGGAGCCCGUCUGCCCGAGCUCCAAGGAGGGCAGCCCGCACCCGCUGUCGAUGCACUCGCUGACGGCCAUACACUUUACCGAAGACGGGCCCCCAGAAGGCGCCAAGGGCGGCUCCUCCUCGUCGGGGGCUGCGGCGGCGGCACGGCAGAGGAUAUGUCCGUCCUGCAGGAAGGCGCUGUCCAACAGCUCCAAGGCCGUGCUGGCCAAGCCGUGCGGCCACGUCACCCGCACGCCCCCGAGGCCGACCCGAACGAGGUCCGCUGCUUCGUGUGCGACGCCGACGUGA